CUCUUUACUUGCUGUCAGAUUAGAGUUUAAUCCGGGGAGGAGGACGCUCUGUCAAGACGGUACCUGAACCUUGGAAGGAGUGCCUCCAUCUGUGCGCACGAAGUAAACCCAUUCUGCGAGUUAAUUUAAUUUUUUCAAACAAAUAUUAAGGCAAACAAGAUGAGAACAGGUCCUUCUACUUCUGCUUCUCCUCUGACUUACCGGUGAUAAAUUAAGAUGUUAGCUGGCUAACUAGCUGUAAAGGAAGAACUAAAUCCGAUUAGCUGCUUAACGCCAUUUGGUGAUUUAUAAAUAGAGAUAUGUGUUGUUUUUAAAACUAUUAUUACUUGAUAAUUAGCAUAGCAGAUAAUUAGUAGUUAAUUAGGUGCUAGCUUGACCGGCUAGCUGGACUGAAGCAACAAAACCAGUAAAGUGAGAGCAGCCUCCAGGCAAAGCAAGAAUGUCAGGAAAAGAUAAAGACAAGGAGAAACAGUCCACCACAGAUCGGCUGAUUAAAGCUGUGCCAUACCCUCCACAGCAUAAGCUGACUAUAAAAGAACUGUUUGAAGAUGGUAAGCCCAAUUCAGAGCUGCUGCGUACCCACCUUGUCAAAGAGGGCAGGGUGGAGGAGGACGUGGCUCUGAAAAUUAUUAACGACGGCGCCAACAUCCUCCGUCAGGAGAAGUGUAUGCUGGAGGUGGAGGCRCCUAUAACGGUAUGUGGUGAUGUCCAYGGACAGUUUUUUGACCUCAUGAARUUGUUUGAAGUGGGUGGAUCCCCCAGCAACACGCGKUAUCUCUUCCUUGGUGACUAUGUUGAUCGAGGGUACUUCAGUAUUGAGUGUGUUCUCUACCUCUGGUCGCUGAAGAUCAACCACCCUACAACUCUUUUCCUUCUGCGUGGGAACCACGAGUGCCGGCACCUCACAGAGUAUUUCACCUUCAAACAGGAAUGUAAAAUUAAAUACUCUGAACGGGUUUAUGAUGCAUGUAUGGAAGCCUUUGACUGCCUGCCCCUUGCUGCCCUGCUUAAUCAACAGUUCCUGUGUGUACACGGCGGUCUSUCACCAGAAAUCAACUGCUUAGAUGACAUUAGAAAAUUAGACAGAUUUAAAGAGCCUCCAGCAUUUGGGCCAAUGUGUGACCUGAUUUGGGCUGACCCAGGUGAGGACUACGGCAGUGAAAAGACAUCUGAACACUUCAAUCAUAACUCUGUCAGAGGCUGCUCCUACUUUUUCAGUUAUUCAGCAGUUUGCGACUUCUUGGUAAAUAAUAACUUGCUUUCAGUUAUACGAGCUCAUGAAGCACAAGAUGCUGGGUAUCGGAUGUAUAGGAAAAGCCAGACCACAGGCUUCCCUUCAUUAAUCACAAUCUUUUCAGCUCCUAACUAUCUAGAUGUCUACAACAACAAAGCUGCUGUAUUAAAAUAUGAAAACAACGUGAUGAACAUCCGGCAAUUCAACUGCUCCCCCCACCCUUACUGGUUGCCCAACUUCAUGGAUGUCUUCACAUGGUCUUUGCCUUUUGUUGGAGAGAAAGUGACAGAGAUGCUUGUGAAUGUACUGAACAUUUGCUCUGAUGACGAGCUCAUGUCAGAAGUAGAUGAUCUGUAUGAAGGUGGGACCUCAGCAAUGCGUAAGGAGGUCAUCCGGAACAAAAUUCGUGCUGUGGGGAAAAUGGCACGUGUCUUCUCAGUUCUCAGGGAGGAAAGUGAAAGUGUGUUAACACUAAAAGGCCUGACACCAACUGGAACUCUUCCUGUGGGAGUGUUGUCAGGAGGAAAACAGACCUUACAGAGUGCUACCAUUGAGGCAGCUAAGGCUAAAGCCAUUCAAGGCUUCUCUCCCACAAGAAAGAUUCGCAACUUUGAGGAGGCCCGAGGCCUGGACAGGAUAAACGAAAGGAUGCCGCCUCGCAAAGAUGGCAAGCAGCAAGACAGCACCACCAUCAACACCACCGUCCCCAACAAGAAUGGCACAGAUGGAUAAACAGCCAAGACGCCCCUCCUCAUAUCUUCAAGUAGCCACCUGACUCCCCCUCCUCAAACAGGGUCUCUGUCUGCCUCACCUGCUCAGACUGUUCAUGUUCUCACCUGCAGACAGACAGAGACCUGAAGCCGACAGGAGACACAUCACAGAGAAAACACAAAGACAUACUGAAUGAUGUGACUGCCAGAAUAUCAUCUUAUUUAUUGAAUAAAUAUAUUAGCUGUACUGUUUAAUAGCAACACGUUUAUUGAAAAAAAAAUACAGCUGUUCAAAUGUAUAAAGAUGCUGAUCUUCUGUAUCAAACUGAUUCAAAGAUCGUUUUUUAAGUGGGUAGAAAAAGCCCAUGUUAUUCACGUGUUUAGUCACUUUUGUAUUGUUCUUUAUGUGCUUAAUAAGGUAAAACCUCAGCCUCAUUCCUUGUGGAGAGACUACAGGCAUGUGAGGAUCUACAAACAGCUCAGUGUUUACUGUCAGUUCAAAGAUAAAUUAUUUGUGCGAAGAAGCUGAAAACAAAGGUAAUAAGGGAAGUUAGGUCUUUCAGAUUAAUGUUAAUUAUUUUAUAUCUAAAGCAGUAUUUUAAAUGUGACUGAUUGGUAUAUGUUCACUUCCAGAGAAAAGGUUUCCUGUAUUAUCAUUUUUGACACGUUUAAAUGUCGAAUGCACAAUUAUUGUUCUGCUUUCAACUCGUGUUCAUCUGAUGGCAGCUAGGAUGUCCCCUCUGUCAAGAAACAGGACAAAAGAGAAAAAAAGAGAAGGGAACUUAGAAAAUAUAAUUUUCAGGCAUCAGUGUUCUCACAUCCAAGCUGGAAUCUUCUUCUUCAGCAGUGGCCAGGCUGGCUCUUUGAGUCUGAGGCCAAGAUUCAACCUUAUAUUAAAGAGGACAUAUCCUGCAAAAUCCA